AUGUCGGCCUGGCGGCAGUGGUGGCAGCUGGAGCCCGAGCCCGGCGGCGACGGCGCCGCGGCAGCCGCUGCGCUGCCGCCGCCACCGCAGGACAUGCGCGGCCUGCUGGGCAAAGUGGGGUCGCUGCUGGCGGGCGACCGCGCGCUGCUGGCCGCCGCCGUGUUUUUCAUGGUGGCGGCGGCGGCCGCGGAGCUAGCCAUCCCUCACUACAUCACCGCCGCCGUGUUUUCGGCCGCCCGCGAGCGCUCGGAGCGACUGUUCGCCGCCAACCUGUCGCUCCUGCUCGCCUCCACCGCCGCCUACGCCGGCUGUGCCGCCAUCCGGGGCUGGCUGUUCAGCAUGCUCAACACCAACCUGCUGCAGCGCCUCAGGAGCCAGCUGUUUGGGCGGCUCAUCCGCCAGCCGGUUGCCUUUUUCGACGAAACCGAGACCGCGCAGCUGACCAGCCGUCUGGCCGCAGACUGCUCAGUCAUCAGCAGGCUGUUUGCCACCAGCAUCAAUGUGGCGCUCAGAAACUCGCUGCAAGUGAUUGGCGGCGCAGCAUACCUGUGGCGGCUGUCGCCACAGAUGACGGCGGCCACAGCCGGGGUGGCGGCGGCGCUGGUGCUGGUGGCUGGUGCCUACGGCAGCUUCACGCGGCGCGCGCAGCGGAUCUACCAAGACUCUCUGGCCCACAGCAACACAGUGGCGGAGGAGGGGUUCAGCCUGUCCCGCCUGGUGCGGGCGUUUGGCACCGAGGCGCAGACGCAGCAGCGGUACGACGGCACGCUGCGCACGCUGCGCCACAUCAGCAUCCGCCAGGCAAGCCGGCCGCACGGCAGGGGCUCGGGGGGCCGCGGCGCGGCCGGCACCGCGGCCUACGCCCUCUACGUGGCCAGCAACAACUUCCUGUACAACGCCACGCGCCUGGCCACGCUGGCGGUGGGCGGCGCGGCGGCGGUGGCGGGCCAGAUCUCAGCCGAGCAGCUCACCGCCUUCAUGUUCUACACAGAGUUCCUGGCCUCGGCCCUGCUGUCGGUGUGCGACCAGUGGGGGCCCAUCAUGGAGGCGGUGGGCGCCUCGGAGCGAGUGCUGGGCUACCUGGACGCCCCCCCCGCCCCUCAGAUCGCCCCGGGGGUCGUGCCCGGCGGCGCCAACGGCGGCGGCGACGGCAGGGGCGGCGCGCCGGGCGGCGGCGACAAGGCGGGGGAGGGGCUGAGCUGGCAGGUGGAGCUGCGCGGCGUCGACUUCAGCUACCCGUCACGCCCAGGCAAGGCGGGGCGGCGGCCGAGGCACGGCGCGGCUGGGGGGUGCCACUCCAAGGCACUUGACCAGGUGUCCCUGCUCAUCCCCGCGGGCAAGCUCACGGCGCUGGUGGGCCUCAGCGGCAGCGGCAAGUCCACCCUCGUGGCGUUGGUGCAACGGCUGUACGACCCCAGCGCCGGCGCGGUGCUGCUGGGGGGGCGCGACCUCAGGGAGCUGGAUGCGGGCUGGUUCCGGCGCCACCUGGGCGUGGUGUCGCAGGACCCCCGCCUCUUCAGCAUGAGCGUGGCCGACAACAUCGCGUACGGCUGCCCCGGGGCCACCCAGGAGGACAUCGAGCGCGCGGCCGCCGCGGCCAACGCCGCCGACUUCAUCGCCGCGCUGCCCGCGGGCUACGCCACCCCUGUCACCGACAAGCUGCUGAGCGGCGGGCAGCGGCAGCGCAUCGUCAUCGCGCGCGCGCUGGUGCGCGACCCGCCGCUGCUGGUGCUGGACGAGGCCACCUCGGCGCUGGACGCCGAGAGCGAGGCAGCGGUGCAGUCGGCGCUGGAUCGUGCGAUGCGCUGCGGCGGGCGCACCGUGAUCGUGAUUGCGCACAGGCUCAGCACGGUGCGCAACGCCGACCAGACGGUUGUGAUGGACCGCGGGGGGCGGGUGGCGGAGGUUGGCACGCACGCGCAGCUGAUGCGGCGCGGCGGCAUCUACGCGGCCCUGGUCAGGCGCCAGUCUGGCGCGGUGCUGGACCAGCAACGCGACCUGGCGCCGCACGAGCGCCAGGGCGCGCCUCCGCCCGAGGGCGAGGGCGGCGGCGGCGGUGGCGUGGGCGCGGCAGGCAGCGCGUCGGGCGACGCGGCGGGGGGCGAGGAGGCGGCGCUGCCCGACUCGCUGCCGCAGUGGAAGCAACAGCAGCGGCUCAGGGUGGAGCAUGACCCCGCCUAG